GAGAGGGGCCGAAGGGUGGAGGCUGAAGGGUUAAUGGCUCCGCGCUGGCGCUGCCCUCUGAACUGGAAAGGAAAACAACUUCCGGCGGGAGAUACUCUGCCCCGCACCAAGAGCUGGAGGCGUGAGCGCCCGAGCCGAAAUCCCUGACUACCUUUCAUUUACUUCAUCCUUUUUAGUGAUGCUACAGAACAGAAAGGAAUGGAUAAAAACAUUGGUGAGCAACUUAAUAAAGCUUAUGAAGCCUAUCGCCAGGCAUGUAUGGAUAGAAACUCUGCAGUAAGAGAACUACAGCAAAAGCAGAUUGAGAGCUAUGAGCAGAAAAUACGUGAGCAACAGGAACAGCUGUUACUUCAACAAACUAUUAUUGACAAGCUAAAAUCACAGUUACUUCUUGUAAAUUCCUGUCGAGAAGACACUUACAGCUAUCUUCCCCUACUUGAAGACAGUGAAGCAAGGAAGAACAAAUUGACUCUUGAUCAGCCAAAUGAUAAAAUUAAAUCAGGAGUGCUAAGAGAAAAAGAAUCAAAGGUAAAAAAACAAGAUAUUUCUUCUCCUAGAAAAGAAACUUCACCAAAAAGUCUUGGCAUCCCUUUACUCCAUGAAAGGGGUUGUAUAGAGAAGACUUUCUGGGAUAUAAAAGAAGAAUUUCAUAGAAUAUACUUACUAACAAAAGCACAAAAAGACCACUUAAGCAAACUUAAUAUACCAAGUACUACUGAAACACAGUGCUCUAUACCUAUACAGUGUACUGAUAAAGCAGAUAAGCAGGAAGCACUGUUUAAGCCUCCGACUAAAGAUGAUAUAAAUAGAGGUGCACCAUGUAUCAUGUCUGUCACACCAAGAGGACUGGGCCAAGAUGAAGAAGACACCUCUUUUGAAUCACUUUCUAAAUUCAAUGUCAAGUUUCCACCUAUGGACAGUGACUCUCCUUUCUUACAUAGCACUCCAGAAAGAGCCAAUGUCCUCGUUCCUGCCAUAUCUGAGGCAGUGUGCCAAGACAAAAUUAAUGUGGAACUCAGAGAUAGCCCAGCAGACUUUGUUAAAGCAGAAGAAACUUUAUUUGAAAAUCAGGAAAUUGACCCCAUAGCGUCAGCUAGACCAAACCAAAAACCAGCUGACAAAACAAAACCUUCAAAUCUUGUAAACAUUUGUAUCAGAACAUCUCUGGGUAGAGCUCCUUGUUUGCCACCUGGAGACCACAAUGCAUUAUAUAUAAAUGCAUUCCAACUUCAAGACCCGUCUGGUUCACCUUUUCUUUCACUUGAUUCCCCAGGAAAAGCUAUUCGAGGACCACAGCAGCCCAUUUGGAAGCCCUUUCCUAAUCAAGACAGUGACUUAUCCAUACUGAACGACACAGACUCAGAACUGCAUAUACCUCAAGUAUGUGAAUUCUGUCAAGCAGCUUUCCCACCAUCCAUUACAUCCAGGGAGGAUUUCCUUAGACAUCUUAAUUCACACUUUAAUGGGGAAACUUAAAAUACAUUUGAAAACAGACCUAUCAAGUUCUAUGUGAUGAUUUGGCAAUUGUAGUACUGUAAAUACUUGAUCAUAAACUUAGUUCAGUAUCAUUCAUUGAAAAGUCCAGUACCACAGCUAUUUGAAUUUUUUCCUAGUUAUUGUCACUUUCUUUUAUUAUCUCUUAAAAAAAUCCUUUUGUACAAAUUCAUAAUUCAUUGUGAUGCUUACAGUGUUUACUGUCACAAUUCAAAAUUGUUUAUGUCUUCUAUGGAAUUACAUAACCAUAAUUUAUGUUUCAGAUAUCUAAGCUGAUUGCUUGGAUUCCUAGUUAAAUAUAUUGAAUUUGGUAAUGUCAAAUGUUUAUAGGAACUCUUAAAAUUUUAUUAUUAAAUUUUAGAUUAUUUAUGCAGUAGAUGGUAUUCAUUUUUGGUGUUAUUCAUUUUUAAUAAGACUAUAAUAGAGACUGGCAGACAAUAUAAGCAUCUAAGUAAAUAUCAAACCUAAGAUAUCUGUUGCCCAAUGAUAAAGUCGCUACUAGAGUUAUUUAAACACUUGAAUAUUUUUGUAAUAUAAUAUAAAUGAUUUUACAUUAACUAUGUGUAGAUAGCUGCAGCUACAUAAUGAAAUGAGUAAGAUAUUAGGAGUUUCCUAUGUUGUGGUCAUUAAUGCUUUCUUUGUUUCUGAGAAAAAAAUAAACAAAGGAAAUAAAUCCUACUGGGGGGUGCUUAUAAAA